AUGGCUCCUGCCACGCCGGUGUCUGGCCUUUUUGCAGAUGUGCAGGUGGCUUACAUGCCCUUCGAGCGCAACUGGCAGCACUUGGAUGGUGAUCCUUCCUUCUUCUUUCUGGAAGUGGGAGCCAACAACCACGAGUUGGAGCGAGACUUCCUGGAGCCGAUGUUGCAAGAUCGAUCCGGGUCUGGCGAUGCUGGAGGUUUUCUGAUCAGUUUCGAGCCCCUGUUAGACAAGUACGGCUUCUUACUCUCUUACGGCGCCCCCAGCAUUCACUUCGCGAGUCUGGGGCUUCAGCAUCGGCGGGCCCUGGUGUUGCCUUAUGCAGUCAGUACCUGCGAUGGCCCAACAGCCACGUUCCAUGUGGCUCCGAUUGAUGGCUGCAGUAGCCUUCGCGCCCCGGCAAGUGAUUUCAAGCGGCACAACCGGGAUGAAACGAGGUACACCAAGUCCUGGCCUAAAUGGGUUGAGGAAAACUGCACGGCUUUGGCUGAGCACAGGGAUGUGCCGUGCAUUUCUUUGGCGAAGGUGCUUGCUGACUGGCUAGCAGGCCGCCCCAUCGCGCGCAUGAAGAUUGAUGCACAAGGCAGUGACCUGGAUGUCGUCAAGUCAGCUGGGCCAUACUUGAAACAGCUUCUCUUUGUUGUCAUGGAGACACAGGGAACCUUCGAAGCACCGCUUUACGAAGGGCAAGCGAGCUGUGACCAGGUGCAAGCUGAGAUGAGGGCCUUGGGAUUUAUCCUCGCCGACACACGAAGUCUUCCAGCCUGCAAUAGGACCGGAGCAUUACCGUACCCUUUCCACGAGGAGGACAUUGCUUUCGUACGCCGUGAGCUCCACCACUUGUGGAGAGACUUCUAUCACGAACAUCCAUACUGUCAACAUGGUAUCGUUUCCGCGGCUGGUGCCUGUGGUGGGCCUUAUUGCAUGGCGCCAGAAUUCAAACUGCACGUGAACCGCUCCGGAGGCUGUGCUGACCUGAUACAGGACACAUUGGUCUUUUCAUCACACCCGGUCGGAAUGGUCCUUCUGUGGACAAGUGGCGCUUGCUGGGGCAACAUCCAGGUCAGUAUGGAUGGUGGUAGUCUCAUCGUGCAGGUGCUGCAAGGCCGGGCUCGGGGUCGCAGGCAUUGCCCCUCGAAAUUCGAUGCAGUCCAGUCCCUCCAUGGACCCAUUGUACGUGUACGAUCUGGCCGUGGUUCAUCUUCUGAUCAGCGUGUCCAAAUGCUUCUGCUACCAGGCUUCCUAAACAUCACUUCAGCAAAACUGGAAGAGGCCUUUGAGUACUUCUUGUUUGUUGUUGACAACAGUGGCGCUUCAGACUUUCAUCUAAUCUGGCCAUGCGCCUGCGCAGAGCUGCCGGCGGAUGCCCUUCCCCAUCGCAUAUCCGUUGAAUAUCGACUGGUGAACCAGCCAUCCGGCAGCACCUGCGCCAUGGAAAAGAUAGAGGAUCAGGUGAUACCCCGUGGCAUUUGGCAGGGGCUUUUCAAACAAGCAUGA